CUCGCCCCCUAGUGUUUUUCAUAAGCAAGACAUGUCGAGGGAUCCUUUAGUCGUCGGUAGUGUUGUUGGGGAUGUUCUCGACCCAUUUGUUAGGACGGCGACAAUGAGAGUGAUGUAUAACAACAAGGAUGUCACCAAUGGCUCGGACCUCAAGCCUUCUAUGGUGGCAAAGGAGCCUCGAGUUGAGAUUGCGGGACGUGAUAGUAGGACUUUUUAUACGUUGGUGAUGAUAGAUCCUGAUGCCCCUAGCCCAAGCAAUCCAACAAAAAGAGAACACCUGCACUGGUUGGUGAUAGACAUCCCAGAAACAGCAAAUGCAAGUUUUGGAAACGAAGUUGUCUGUUAUGAGAGCCCGAAGCCGACGGCCGGAAUCCAUAGAAUUGUUUUUGUGUUGUUCCGACAAUCUGUUAGACAGACUAUAUGUGCACCUGGGUGGAGACAGAACUUCAAUACCAGAGAGUUUGCACAGUGUUAUAAUCUUGGCUCUCCUGUGGCUGCCAUGUAUUUUAACUGCCAGAGGGAGAAUGGCUGUGGUGGUAGAAGGUACGUUGCUAGUGGAUGGAUUUGACUUAUCAUCAGAGUCAACCGUGAAGAAGAGGCCAGUAUACAGCUCCAGAUUGUGGCAUAAAGUUGGA